CCUGAUAAUAAAUGACAAAACAACUUUAUUUUUAACUGCGUUAUUUAUUUUUUUAUCAGAAAACUACACAAUUAUAACUGCUUUAUGACAUAUAACACCAUUCUGUUAUGCCACUGAAGUGACAUAUUAUUCGGACUAAUCAUUUUGGUCAGGCCAUCUCUACAACUGCCAGUGUUUGGGACCCUUCAGACUCCACAGAAGUUGUUAUAAUACAUCCAGGAGGUAGAAGAGUUAUUAUUAAAAAAAGUUGGAUCAAGUUUGAAUACAUGUGAACAAACGAAGAAGAGCAAUAAGCUAGGUUUUUUCAGCCACCAUGACUAUAGUAAUUGGAUUUGAGGGAAGUGCCAAUAAGAUCGGCAUUGGAAUCAUCAAGGAUGGUGAAGUGCUGUCCAACCCAAGACGGACCUACAUCACCCCUCCUGGUCAAGGUUUCAUGCCGAGUGACACCGCCAGGCACCACCGUGCUGUCAUCCUGACUGUCCUGAAGGAGGCGCUGGAGCAAGCAGGACUGAGGCCUGCAGACAUCGACUGUGUGGCCUACACCAAAGGUCCUGGCAUGGGUGCUCCCUUGGUGACGGUGGCUCUGGUGGCUCGUACAGUUGCACAGCUUUGGGGAAAGCCGCUCCUCGGUGUCAACCACUGCAUCGGACACAUUGAGAUGGGCCGACUCAUCACACAAGCCAACAACCCUACCGUGCUUUACGUCAGUGGAGGAAACACACAGGUUAUUGCAUACUCUGAGCGGCGAUACAGAAUAUUUGGGGAAACCAUUGACAUCGCUGUUGGCAACUGCCUGGACAGGUUUGCUAGAGUUAUAAAGAUUUCCAAUGACCCCAGUCCAGGAUACAACAUCGAGCAGAUGGCUAAAAAAGGGAGUCAGUAUGUGGAGCUACCAUAUACGGUAAAAGGAAUGGACGUCUCAUUUUCUGGGAUUUUAUCUUACAUUGAGGAAGCUGCUCACAAGAUGCUCAGCUCGGGUCAGUGUUCAGAAGAGGACCUGUGUUUCUCCCUGCAGGAGACCGUGUUCUCCAUGCUGGUGGAGAUCACAGAGAGGGCCAUGGCCCACUGCGGCUCUGGAGAAGUCCUCAUUGUGGGGGGAGUUGGCUGUAACCUGCGUCUGCAGGAGAUGAUGGGGGUGAUGUGUAAGGAGAGAAACGCCAAGCUUUUUGCCACUGACGAACGAUUCUGCAUCGACAACGGAGCGAUGAUUGCUCAAGCUGGCUGGGAGAUGUUUAGGUCUGGUCAGGUGACAGAGCUGGAAGACUCGUGGAUUACACAAAGGUACAGGACAGAUGAAGUGGAGGUGACAUGGAGAGACUGAGCAACAUCUUGGUGCUACAAAUGCUGCUGCAGCCGGUCUGUCGUAGGACUCCCCGAAAAAUUUAAGCAUUUUGUUAAAAAAGAGAGACAGAGUUUUUCUUCCCACUUGAAAUAAGGAGAAAGAAUGUUGUUUUUUACUUUGCCAUUAUGUACAGGAACAAAUCUGAACUGUAAAUAAAUAAAAGACUAGAAAGUGGAA